AUGUCAAACCAAACGGGUCAACCAGGCCCUUCAGGCCAGUCAGGCCACAGGCGAGGUAUCGGCUCCGAGGACUCAGUCCUCUCAAUGACAACUCAAGAAAACGCCCGCCUUUCGAUGUCUCUCGCAGAUCAGCUUGGUCAGCUAACUUUCCGUGAGACCGAUAACAACUUCAAGCUGCCGGGUGAACAGCGACUACAGCAAUAUAUGUCCUUUAGGACGGUCAUCUCCACGCAUUCAUCCCUCGCGCGACGAAACACCAACGUCAGUCCUGAUCAGACAUGGCGCCAAAUCGGCAAAGGCUCGCAAGAUGUAGUCUUUGAGGAGCCUGGCUCGAAAUUUUGCUGGAAGUUCCAACUCAAGGGUGGUAACAAACAACUCUGGAACAACUACGUGAUGCAGACAGUGGCCAGGGAGGCUUUUGAAAGAGUGGCCAAGAACUUUCCGGAUCUCGUUAUCGAUGUCAGGUGUCCAAUUGUGGGUGCUUUUGUUCAUCCUUCAGACUCAGGCUUCUGGUCGGAUGCUAGAGCCAAGCUUGAAGUCGCGGAUGCAGCAUGGGGCGACGAAGGCGAGUUCAAGGGUUUCUCGAUGGAACGAUCGAGCAUGGGCGGAUGA